GUACCCGUACUCCCACCGGUUCCUCCACCGGUACCAGUGCCAGUACCUCCACUGGUGCCCCCAUCGGUACUUCCACCUCCACCAGUUCCUGUACCCCCACCUGCACCAGUACCUGUACCUCCACCAGUACCUCCACCGGUGCCCGUACCUCCACUGCCGCUUGUACCGUCGCCUUCACCGGUACCUCCACUGGUACCUGUGCCUCCACCUCCACCACUACUUGUACCUCCAUCGGUACCUCCAGUACCCGUGCCUCCACUGCCGCUUGUACCGUCGCCUCCACUAGUACCUCCACCAGUGCCAGUACUUCCACCGGUACCGCUACCGGAGCCAGUACCCCCACCUCCACUGGUACCCGUACCUCCACCGGUACCUCCACCGGCACCUCCACCGUUCCCAGUUGUUCCUUCCACAGUGUAG